UCGAAGCAUGCUACCUUUCAAAGCAUUGUUCUUGGAAUUGCAUGCAAAAUUGUCGUGCAAUCUCACUGUGGUAAUGACUGAGUCGAAUGGCUUUUAUACUUUCCUUAGUUUAUGAACCAUAUCUAGCUGAGCUGACGGAGCUAAACCGGGGCACUAUCCGAUAUGAUGAUGGGUGUGCUACCCAAGUUCACGAAGAAGGGCAGUUGUACAUCAGAUAUGCUGUCAGCCGAAGGUCAACACUCUUCAUGGUUUAUUAAAGAUUGCAUGAUGCUCUAUGAUGAGCAGUUGAGCUCCAACUCCAAUUUCAGAUCGAAUCACUCUUGGUUUUUGAAGCGAUCAAGAACAAAGAGGCGGCUUAUCCGCUUCGUCGAAUUCUGGGCUGCAAAUUUGUACUGAUACAGGUUUGGUUCUCGACUCUUGCACAUCAGCAGGCAGGACAAAUGGUGAUACCAGUUAUCACAAGUCUUCUGAGAUUUCUUGAUGUUAAAACCCGGAGUUCUGAUGAAUCUAUGGCCACCAGCAGAUUGAAUUAAAAUACGAGGUUAGCGUCGUGUCCUAUGGUUGGGGCAUAGUUCAGGUUGAUUCUGCUCAUCGCUCUGAAGCCAAUGGUUGCAGGGCACUCUCACCAGUUCGAAAGGGCUCGUGCUGAUUGCACAAUUGCAAUCAGAUGUUGCAGGUGGCAGCAGCGGUCUUGCUCGCUGGCGGAUUUGGCUAUGUGUACAAGAGCUUAGUCCCUCCCCAGCCAAAAGUAUGCGGGUCUCCUGGUGGCCCACCUGUGACCUCGCCCCGAAUCAAGCUCAGCGACGGUAGGCAUUUGGCUUACAGAGAGAGGGGCGUGCCGAGGGACAAGGCCAAGCACAAAGUUAUCCUCGUUCACGGGUUUGAUAGCUCCAAGGACUUGUACAUCCCUCUGUCCCAGGAAUUGAUGGAGGAGUUGGAUUUAUGUGUCAUAGCAUUCGAUAGAGCGGGCUAUGGAGAGAGUGACCCAUACCCGAAACGCUCGGUGAAGAGCGAAGCUUUUGACAUUCAAGAACUAGCCGACGAACUGAAACUUGGGCCCAAGUUUUAUCUCAUGGGGGUGUCCAUUGGAACAUUCGCUGUCUGGUCCUGCAUCAGACAUAUACCACACAGGCUAGCAGGAGUGGCGCUGAUAGUUCCGGUGAUCAAUUUCUGGUGGCUGUCUUUUCCUCCCAAGUUAGUUAAUGAGGCCUUCAAGCAGCAGCUCAAGAGGGACCAGUGGAAGCUUUGGAUUGCGCACCAUACGCCGGGCCUAUUGUACUGGUGGAUGACCCAGAGGAUGUUCCCUUACUCAUCUAUCAUGCAGAGACACCCGAUCCUCUUGAACGAGAGGGACCUCAAAACCAUUCAGGCAAUGUCGAAAAUUCCCAAUCCCGGCGAGCACAAGAUCCGGCACCAGGGUGAGUACGAGUCCCUCUACCGGGACAUGAUGAUCCAUUUUGGGAAAUGGGAGUUCGACCCAAUGGAGCUGAGGAGUCCAUUCCCGAACAAUGAAGGAUCUGUCUAUCUGUGGCAAGGUCACAAUGAUAAGCUUGUCCCAUUCGAGCUCCAGAGGUUCGUAGCACAGAAGCUGCCCUGGAUCAAGUACCACGAGGUCUCUGACGGGGGCCACCUGAUGAUCCACGAAAAUGCGCUGUGUGAGGCCAUGUUCAGGGAGCUUCUAUUCGGAGAGGAACCUUCUUUCUGAUCUGCCCGAGAGGAGUUCCAGCUUAAAAUUCAACUCAACUACUUCUCGACAUAGAAAAUUCCCGAGAGGACAUGGUCUUCGAUCUUUGUGAAUCUUUCAAGUGCACUUCACGGAGACACCAACCACGGCCCAAGACAACAAUAAAUGACUCUCUUCUACAUGUCAUGUUCUGUAGUUCGAUAACAACACAGAUUUUCUCAAAAUUUUCCUGCAAAUGUUAUGCUAUAAACAUGGAGUUUUCAGCACAUAUCUUCGGCAUA